AGUUGUUGAAUUUUGCAACAUUUGGCUAACCAUAGUGCAAAACCUCUAUUAAUCCUAAAUCAUCGUGCGGCUAUAAAAAUGAUCUUUAAGAACUUGGUUGAGUUUCAUAGGAAUUUUGGUUUUGCCACCGGCAAUAAAAAUUAUCUGAUGCCCCCAUGCGGCGUUGAAAUAUUCUAACUUAUCUUCCCCCUCAUUGGCCAUGUUAUAUUGAUCAGUCAUGAUCAGUCGUGAAAAAAACAGGCGCUGAAGGAAGAGUGGAAAAAAAAAUGACACUUGAUUUCCCUUCCGCCUGAACACUUUUUCGCACUGACAGAAACCUCUCUAGAACCUGAAAACUAAGAGGGUUUCAAUGAGGUUAUCCGUUGGUCGUAAAACGGCCAAAAAUUUGGCCUUUAGGCGUAAAAAUUAACAAAUCUUAACCGUUGGUUAUAUAAAAAGGUUAACUGUAAUUUUUUCUAUUUUAAUAGCAACGGAAAGAAAUUAACUUUUAGCCGUAGAAUUGCCGAUAUUUUAAUCGUCACUUGUAAAAGCCAUUACCCUGUUGAGAACCUCAAAUAACAAUUAAUUGAUGGAAAGAUCUUUUAAGGUUGUAAAGCUGUCUGUCAACGUACGAGUGAAUUUUAUUUUCUUUCAUACAUUACUUCUUUUACAGUGACACAGCGAAAAAACCGCUGAUUGGUUGAGAAAAAUGACGUAAUAGUCUAGAACGUGGCAAAUCCGCCGACCAGCUCGGAGACACUAAGCCGUUUACUAGGAAACGUUUUCAGAAAUAAACCCAAACAUUAACUUAAACUAGUGAUGUUUUAGAGAGAUUUUUCGAUUGAAACUGAAAUCAAGUUACCUUCUUCUUUGAAUUACGCACUUUCGUUUCAAGUUAAUCUCAAGUCGAACGCAAAGAUAUGGCCGGAUUCCUUGAUAUGAGUUAACGAAACUUAGUGUUACAGAUUUAUCAAAGCUUGUGCAGUAUCAAGUAAAGGUAGUAACCCAAUUUGACGUCCGUGACAGAGGGGAUCAACCCUUCCUUCUUUCUUUCCUUCCAAAUGAUCAGUGGAAAUAAUUUAAGAGCCGUCGACUGACGGAGAUGCCACCACGUAACGCAGAUGACGCCAAAUAUUUCUUCAUAGUGAGCCAAUUCAGCCGCGGUAGACUGGUUAUUAAUAUUCGAAAAGGGAUAAAAAGCGGAAUUCUUGAGAUCGUGAAACCAGAUCACGGAAGAUCGAGUCAGCUGUGGAGAUGGGAUGACAGCUGCAGGCUGGUCAGCAAACUGGGCCUUGUGGCAGAUAUCAAAGGUGAGAGUAAGAAAGAAGAAGCCAUCUGUCAUGCCUGGAUAGCUCACGACGGCCUCAGCCAAAAGUGGCGAGUCGAAAAAGGAGCCAUUAAAAAUAAUCUGAGUCAUCUUGUCAUCGAUGGCUCUCCUCCCAGAGUUCAUGUUUUAAUGAAAAGCUUCGAUGAAUGCAAUGAACACCAAAAAUGGCAUUUUGUUCCAGAAGAUGCAUGGGACGAUUUCCAACUUUCACUGACGGAGCCAAAUCCCCUUAAAAAGGCUCUCUUCUGGAAAAAUAUGGCUGAAAGUUAUCUCGACGUCAUCAUGGGAUACAGCAUUAAGGAGUUUGAACUUAAAGUCAAUAAAGCUUAUAAAGUCAUAGAUGAAUGUACCAGCAGCCUAGAAGAGAUAGCAAAGGGUACUGGUAUCGCGAGAAAGGUCGGUGGAGGUGUGUCAGUCGCUGGAGGUGCAGUUGCAUUAGUUUGCCUUUCGCUAGCUCCAUUUACAGGUGGAGCUACUUUGCCCUUUGCUGCAGGAGGAGCUGUCGGUUUGUUUACAGGAACAGCUACAUCGCUUGCAACAAACCUGGUACACGGCCAACUGGACGAGAAGAUGAAAGGGAAAGUUAAUGAGGCCACAGCAUCUCUCUUUGGCGCCACUUACAACUUCCACUCGUUGCUGGGUGAGUACAGUAAAUACCUACGAGAAGCAGAUGAAUAUUUAGAACGGAUGAAGCAUUUAACGCGCGCAGAAUCCAAUGCGUCAGCUUGCACGACCAGCCAAGCCGAGGAAUUAAAGAGGCUCGUCGCGUUUACUCUCCCAGUCGAAGGCGAAACCCUUACAACAGCUGGAUCAACUCGUGCGGAGGAUCUUUCCAGAUCGUUGGCUGGUUUUGGAGUGCUGGCCGGCAUCUUGGACAUAUAUUCAGGGGUAAAGACGAUCGCCAGCAGCCGUGAAUUAGCGGAGGAAUUUCGCCAGUCUUCUGAAUGUCUGAAAAAAGAGACUGACAGACUGAUACGCCUUUACAAGAAGCUCCACCAAAACGAAGAGAGCACGAAUUAGUGCCUCCGUCAAAAUGAAGGUGGCAAGGAGUAAUGUUAUAGGAGAGAAUGUUCUCCUGUGUUGUAUAAUUACUGAAAGUUAGCUUAUAAUGAUAUAAUCGCUCGAGAACGUUCAUGUUUUAUCGUUAUAAUUCAGUUAACGAACCGAAAACAUCGUUCCCACCUAUCUGAUUUAUUGUUCGCUUGAGUUGUAUCUCCAAGAAGAAGUCAAGAUAAAUGACAAAAACACAGCAGAUUUUUUAUGUUUCUGUUGCAGACGUUGUAGCAGUUGAUAAUAGUUUUUCAGUUUUCCUAGUCAUAUGGAACGAUCAUUGAAUGAACGAAGAGGAAAAUGCAACUGUACCUCUUAACCGGCAGAGGGUCUCAAUGGGUUAACCUUAAGCCAACGACAAAAAAACUUUAGUCGUUAGCCAAAACAAUUUACAAAAAGUCAACCGCAACGGAAAGAAAUUUAAAGCCUUCAGCUGUAAAAUAACCAAAAUUUAAAUCCGUUAGCCAUAAAAGCCAUCGCCCCAUGGAGACCUUUUUAACAUCUCUUUUAACAUUACAUAAAUCAAUGGCUUACUCACUGGUAGCAACACCUAGCAGAAAUGUUUGAAAUGUUCUUCCUUCCGCUCAAUAACCAUCAGUGCUGAACAAUCGUCCGCAGUGACGAAGCAAAAGACUUGAUUGAUAAACAAGGAGUCAAUGGUAGUAAGUUCAAAAGAUAUUAUAUGGGCAAACUUAAGGUAAAAAAUGUAAACUUAAUGCUCGCAAAAAUUGUAUCUAUAUCGGCAGGAAAGAAUCUUCAAAUCACUUGUUACAAAUGAAUUGGGAUGCGGUUCGCUAAUUAAGACAAACAUCGAACAAUUUGGUAACUUUAAAUAAUAGAGUGCUUUAUACGAAGAAAAAUCUGAGAACUCCACUAAGUCCUUUGACUGUUUAGAUUUUGCCCAAGUCAUUUGUUUGUCAGUUCAGUCUAAUACGUAGAUGAAACUUCUCAAUAAAUUUCAAGAAAAUAUGAAUCAAACGCGUUCCUGAGUGA